UUUAAAUUUUUGGGUGAACUAUCCCUUUAAAACAGUCGACGUGACUGCAGUGGUUCAACCUUAAUUUUAUGAAGAGACAAGAAUACUUUUUGUGUGCAAAAACGAAACAAAAAUAACGACUUUACUCAACAAUCUCUUCUUUUCUCUGUCAUCAUCCUUAUGCAGUUGCCGCAGUAAGCACAGUGAAGGCUUCCGUGUUUACGUCCGAAUGCCGGCACUUAGGGUUUUUCCUGGGUCAAAAAUGGUCUUCGGUGGUGACAGACAUGGUCAUCCACACAAACAGUAAAAAGUGCCCUACCCAUAUGAUCUGCCAAUAUCGACAAUAAAGUUCCCGUCACUCUCACUGUCAUUCUUUCUUGCCCUCUUUGCAAAAAAAUCUGAUUUCAUAUAUUUGUAAGAGAAGAUGCUUCUUUGCUAGACAUGAAAAUUAUUUUGGUAUGUAUAAUAAUAAUAAUAAUAAUUAAUAAUAAUAAUAAUUAAUAAUAAGUAUUAAAAAGUAGCAUUAAAAAGUUAAAUUAACUAAUAAUAUAAUUUUCUACCAUGUACAAUCGAAUGCACCUAGCUAACAAGAACUUGCUUUGUUCUGGUUUCACCUCACUCCAGUCUAAACUAACUGAUUUUAUAGUUAGGCCUAAUUUACUACACAUUGUCAGUUAAAUAUAUACCUUAAAGUACUGUGGAUUAUUAAGGCUAAUUUUACUAACCACUUGCUAAAUGGGGUAAGCACACUUAUGUUCUCAUUUCAGAGUUGUUUGAGUAAAUGAUUCGUUAUAGACCGUGUGGACAGAUCAGUUGUUUUCAAUGAGUCAUUAGGUCGCGAAGCGUAUAUUAUAUAUAAUGAAUCGCGGACGUUGACGUGUUGCAUGCGAAUCGCGGCUGUUCACAAAAGAUUUGUAAACACAGAAAACACUUCAUCACUGGAUGGGAUUUUGUUUUUGUUUACUGAAAGUGUAGUUUAUGUCAGCUGCAUGUGCGGGAUGCUUGUCAGAGAAGAUGAGGUGAUGUUCUUUUGAGCACUAUAUUGUUAUCGUGGGCACUUUAAAAUACCGCAAAAAAAUAUAAUCAAAAUUUUGAUUUUUAGAACGCGCAUUAGUUUCUUUUUCAUCAACUGGAUAAAAGUACACUGCAUGUAUGCUGCGUAGGCAUGCACAUUCUGAUCUAAACAAACCCAUUCCCCAUGUGGAGAUGCAGUGUGUGGGUCAAUAUCCCUUCUCGUUUUCUCGCUCCUCCGUCCUCCAUCCUAUGACCCAGAAACCGAUCAAAUCCAUCUUGAAGGACAUCUCAAUUCUCACAGGUCUCAAUUGCACCACAAGGAGGCGAGGAACGAGGAGUGGGGAAGCUUCCUGAGGAGUCAUGAGCGAGGAUACAGAGGUGUAUCUUUUGCGGAAGUCUUUAUCGUCAAGAAACGUGACGCACAUAUACAUUCUCCUCCCCCUUCAUAUCUGUCACAAUAAUUGAAUUAAACUUUACAUCUCAUAUUUCAAUGGGGCAUCUUGCUUUAUUAUUAUUUUUUUUAAAUAACCAAACUUUAACAACAUAUGAGUAGAUCCCUCAAGUGCAGCUGAUGAUGCUAUGAAGUGACGCUAAAGGGAGCAAGGAUAUCAUUUCCCUUGAUUCAAUUCCUCCGUCCUCGCAUCUUUUCCCUGCAUCCUUCUCUCGCAUCCUGAAGGGGUGGAGCUAAGACUCGAGGAAAGAAAGCAAGGAAAGGAAACGAGGAUGCACAAAUAAGAAUUGAGAAGCACCCUGUGUGUGUGUGCUGCUGAGCAAAAGAUGCAUGCGCACUCUUAUGUAAACAGUACCCACAUGGAGAGGAAGCAUGGCAAAAGAAGGAACGCUGGCAACGAUUUAUCCCCCUUCUAAAAGGGUGAAGUCAGAGGAUUGGAAAUAUUUUGGGUUCCAAAAAAAAUGCAGAGGGAUUGCUGGUUAAAGACAGGUUUGCUUUGUGUAAGACGUGGUCGGAAAGUGGCAGCGAAACACAGGAACAUGUCUAACACGUUCGCUCAUCUCCGUGACAACCAUCCAGUCCAAUUCAGAAAGAUAAAGAGUAGCCAUGCAUCUAGCAGUGCUGGUUCAUCUUCAGCUGAAGCCAUUGUUCAACCAAGAGUCAAAGAGGCAUUCCAGCGUCAGGCUUCAUAUGGACCCUCAUCUUACCGGGCCAAAGAAAUCAAUCAUGCCAUGGCAUAUUAUAUUGCUAAGGACAUGAUACCAGUUCACACUGUAGCAAAACCAGGAUUUCAGAAACUGAUGAAGACCACAGUUCCACUUUACAAAAUUCCCUCAGAGAAGUUUUUCUCAAAAACAGAAUUACACAGAAUGUACAACAGUCUAAAAGAGGAAGUUGGCAAGAGUAUAGCCCUGGAAAAUGGUAUGCAGCAACCACUGACCUGUGGACCAGCAGUGGAGGAAGCGGACAUCCAUACAUCAGCUUCAGCAUCCACUACCUCUUGGACUCAAUCAAAUUGCCUGGAAACACAGUUCUUUCCAGAAGACCACACUGCUGACAAUAUCAGAGAAUUUUUUGAUAACAUGUUGCAAGAGUGGGGCAUCAACAAAGAGCGUCUUGUCAGUGUUACAACUGAUAAUGCUACAAACAUGAAUAAGGCCUUUGAGAGUGACACCACCUUUCCAUGACAGUGGUUUGGAUGUUUUGGCCACAACUUGAAUCUAGCCAUUUCUAAAGCUCUUAAAAAUCAGAGGCUGGACACAGCAAUGGGGAUUGACUCAGAAAAUGCUGCAGAGGUUUAUUAAACAACAGCAGGCAGUCUGUGCUGUACUGGCAACUGAGAGAGGGGCAUGGCAUUUGAUGCCAAAGGAUAUUGCAGUCAUUGCAGUCACUGAGCAAGUCUUAAAAAUACUUGAUCCACUCAGUGCUUUCACUGAUACUUUGGCUUCAGAGAGCCGAGUAAGCCUGUCAGCCCUGAAGCCGGUGUUCCGUAACAUCAUUUUUAGACAUUCUUGAUGUGAAAAAUGAAAACUGUGCUCUUACCAAAGACCUGAAGAGGUUAAUGAAGACAGAUCUCGAGUCCGGGUACACUGAUGAUGCAAAGAAAGUGAUGGACUUGAUGAGCUUUGUUGAUCCGCGGUUUAAGGGAAGCUUUUCUGAUGACCUUGAAGCCACAGUAAACUUCUGCAAUGAGGAAACUUCAAAACUGAUAGAGAUGACAACAUUGAGUGAGGGAGCUGCCCAGACAGAGCAAACCAGAACAACCUCCCCCAUCCCCACCUUUCAAAAACAGCGCCAAAGCUUGGCCACCCUCCUCAACAAAAUCACCUCCACAAGGCAACAGAGGUCAAAGGAGGGUGAAGGCAGCAGCACUCUGAGCCUGAAGUCAAAGAUUGAAGCAGAGGUAAAGAGUUUAUCUUUCUGUGCCAGUAAGAAAAUCAGAGGCAGAUCCAUUGCAGUGGUGGAGUCUGCAUGCUGAAGAGCUACCUCAUCUAGCUACCGUUGCCCAGAAGUUUCUCUGCAUACCCGCAACAAGUGUUCCUUCAGAGAGGGUAUUUAGUGCCAGUGGACACAUCCUCUCACCUCACCGAUCAAAGCUCAAAGCCAGAAAAAGUGAACAUGCUUGCAUUUUUGCACUUUAAUCUGAAGGACUAAAAUGUGACAGCUCAGAAGGAAUACACAGAAGAUACCAGGAAUUGGUUGAAAAUGUUUAUUGUUGACACUUUAUAGUUCUUGUACUUUUAAAUAUAUUUACAGCAGUUAACAAAAGUUGUUCUUUUGCAGUUUGCACUUUAUUCUCUUUGAUACAGUUGCUCACUUUAUACAUCAUUACUGUGUGUUGUUUUCUUUAUUUAUUUGUAUUUAAAUGUUUGAGGUACUCAUUAUUUAAAAUAAAGUUGUUAUUCAAAGGACAACACUGAAGUUGGUUUAUAUUUUCAACCUUUAUUUCUCAUAUAAUUGAAUACCGUGAUAAAAACCUUAAUCAAUUAAUCGCAGCAUGGAAAUCUGAUACCAUCACAUGCCUUGUCAUAUACUUCUCAGAUUUCAUCAAAAAUAUCUUAAUUUGUGUUCUGAACUUGAAUGAUGGUCUUAGGGGUGUAGAAUGAUAUGAGGGUGAGUGAUUAAUCACAGAAUUUUCAUUUUUGGGUGAACUAACCCUUUAUAUUCAAAUCAAUUUCUGAUAAUAAUCCCAAAUAUAUGUUCAUGCUUAAUAUUUCCUGUGUAAUUACAUUAUUAUUAUUAUUAUUAUUAUUUAUUUUUUAAAAUGCUUUGUAGAACAUUCAGUUUACAGUGUGGUACAACAAAAUUAGAGCACAAUAGGGCUUUUCACACUUUUUACACUUCUCAUAAUUUACCUGGGGUUAACAAUUAGGCCUAAUCCUGCGUAUUCAUAAGAUGACGUUUCACACUGUACAUACCUAAACCCUGGGUUUAUGUUCUUAUUCACAUAUUUGCGGUGUCAGUGCCUAGGGCUGUGACGUGGCAAUUUUUUACUACCGCGGUGGGAAAUCACCAACAACCGUGAUGUUGCGGUGGUGGGGUCUGGGGAGCGGGGUUGGUUU